GUCUGCAGCAGCAGUGGGGAGCAGACAGCAUUCAGGGAGGGAAGACUUUUUUAAAAAAUAAUUUCUUUCCUGUUCGUGGGCCCCCGGGAUUACUUCACGGCCCCCUCGGGGUCACAGCCCCCAGGUUGGGAACCACUGCGCUAGACUCCAAAGCAUCCUCUCUCUGCCUCUUGAAGCAUGUUAUGAGAUGAUAAUCUGAGCGUAUUGCACAUAUGGGCAAGAUUAGUGAACAGGAGGCUGCUUAAGGAACUGAGGACUUAAAAAAAACUGGUGUGCGAAUGCAGAGAACUGAAGCUAAGUUUGGAAAUGAGACAUUCAACGUUGGAUGAUUCAGGACAGAAAAAUGCAAAUGGUCAUGAGCCGUACAUUGAAAUAUACGAACAGCCUAAACAGAGAGGAAUGCGUUUCCGGUACCAGUGUGAAGGGCGAUCAGCAGGCAGCAUUCCAGGAGAACACAGCACCGAUAUAAACCGAACUUUCCCAUCUAUACAGCUUUUUAACUACUUUGGGAAAGUAAAAAUCAGAGUAAUCUUGGUAACCAAGAGUGAGCCCUAUAGGCCUCAUCCCCACCGGCUGGUUGGAAAAGACUGCGAAAAUGGUUUCUAUGAAGCUGAAUUUGGGGCAUCGCGAAGAGUUCUGAUUUUUCAGAACUUGGGCAUUCAGUGUGUGAAGAAGAGAGAGCUGAAGGACUCCAUCUUCUCCCGAAUUGCAAAGAAGAUCAACCCCUUCUCUGUAUCUGAAGAGCAGCUGCUGGCUGUUGAAGAGUAUGACCUCAAUGUGGUGAGGCUCUGCUGCCAAGCUUUCCUACCUGACAAACAUGGCAAUUUCAUUAUACCUCUAGCUCCGGUUGUCUCCAACCCCAUUUAUGACAACCGAGCUCCCAAUUCAGCAGAACUGAGAAUCUGCCGUGUGAACAAAAAUUGCGGAAGUGUGAAAGGAGGAGAUGAAAUCUUCCUUCUGUGUGACAAAGUUCAGAAAGAUGACAUUGAAGUCAUAUUUGUCAUGAAUGAAUGGGAAGCCAAAGGGAUUUUCUCUCAAGCUGACGUGCAUCGCCAAGUCGCCAUUGUCUUUAGGACCCCUGCCUUUUACAAAGACAUCUCGGAGCCGGUGGCUGUGAAGAUGCAGCUGCGGAGGCCUUCAGAUCAAGAAGUCAGUGACCCUAUGGACUUCAGAUACCUGCCGGAGGAAAAAGAUCCUUAUGGUCAUAAGGCAAAAAAGCAGAGAUCACCAAUAGCUUUACAGAAGCUCAUCCAAGACUGUGGUCCUUAUGAGAGGCCUAAACUUGCUGUGUUCCAGAAUGCUACUGGUGAAGCAAAGAUGAUUAAGAAAGAACUGAAUGUGUAUCAUUCCCAAAUGGAAACGGUCCUCCCACUGCAGAGAACACCUGUGAAUACGCUUCCAGUGCAGCCUUAUUAUUCCUCUUCCACUAACAGUCUCAGUUCCAGUGGGUGCCCUGCCCCGUCUUCACAAAUGAUAGGGCUCAUUAAGCAGGAUGCAGCUCUGCCGUCCUGCUGGCAUUCUUCUACUUCCUCCCUUCCUCCCUUCCUGCAACAAGGCAAUUUUUGGGGGGACGCACUGCACUCCAGCAUGCAGAAUGGUGGUUCUCCAUCACCAGGGCAAGAAAGUAGCCAGAACUGGACCGGUCAAAAGGAUGGGAGCAUCUACAGGGCAUACUAUGGUGCAACAAAUGGCCAAGGGUCAUCAUCAUCAACAGCAUCAAUGUCUCAGCAAGACAUGCUGAAUGUCUCCAGUGCUGCUGCUAGCCAGCCUGUUUGUCCCAUCAAUGUCACAACUGCCAAUGGCAUCAGCAUGGAGAUGGAAGAUAGCAGAUGCUCAAGGGUCACGUUGGAAAAAGCGUCCUUCACUCAAGUUUUAAAUCCAAGCGAUCACAGGAGACAAGUCCAGCCAGUAUCACAUCCUGGCACAUCAGUGGCAGCUUCGAGCAGCAUAUCUUUGAGUUCUGUGUCCAAUGCUUUUGAGACGAUGCCCUUCCAUUAUCUGGAGAGCCUCACUGAAUCAAGACUGCCUAGCAACCCUGCUGUUCAGAACCCAAUAAAUUCAUCCAAUAACCAGUACUUUAGUACCUACAGCAGCCAAGACGAAGAGUUCCUUAAUUCCUUUGAGGGCAAUUUUGAUGCCAUACUUUAAAGCUUUAAAUAGUAACUAGAUCAGAUUGUUGCUCAGGUAGACAAUGAUUUCUUUCAGUAAGAGGAUUAGCUUUUGAUAUGACUGUUGUGGGAAAGUAGUAUUCCUUCUCAAGGCACUAGUAUAUACUAGGAUUUAAACAAUGCCAUGGCAGUUUUAGGAUUAGUGAUUGUGGGGGAAUCCGUUGGGACUGGAUAGUUUCUUGACUUUGCUUUGUACAAAGCACUCCGUGCUUAUAUUCUUGUGCUGCUGAAAACAGUGGAUGGAGAGGGUUUAUUUAAUUUUUUAAAUUAUAUUUUGGUACAUUUUCUCUAUACAGACUCUUGGUUAAACCACAUUCAGUCGUGCCAAUGAGUGCUACCAUCUUUUUUCUUUUUGUUCUCUGGCCUUGAUGCAUCCCAUCCAAGGGUGCUGCACAGGGCCAAUCUGAGACAAAAUGGCAUCCCAGGCAAGGCAAAGCUUUGGCACUCCCCCUCCAUUUGUCUAACUUUUGAACACCUUUUUUAAAAAUUGCAGUUCUAGCCCAUUUCACAACUUUCAUACGCAAUUCGCAAGCAUGAUUUAUCGCUGGCAUUUUAAGAUGACAAUUUUGCACAUAGGGAUCUAAUGACAAUCGCUCUCAUGCACAUUGUUUGUUGACUGGAGCACUGAUGUAUUAAGUUUUCCAGCAAUUCUUUUUUUUUUUAAGGCAAACAUUCAUGCAACAUUGAAGACAAACUGUACUAUUUUUGCUUCAGUGAAUAGUUGAGUAGAGAGCCUAUGCUUAACACAUCCCAUACCUGUUGCCUGGGUCUUCUGCCCGAGUCCUCAUUUGGUGCUGUUUUUUGGUGGUGCUCAGUCCCUGCCACCUACUGUCCUUUCUUGUUUCAGACUACAAUCAUGAGUGCCUAGUUCAGUGGCAGAGCAUCUGCUUUGCAUUCAGAAGGUCCCUGCUUUAACCCCUGACAUCUUCAAGUAUGGCUAGGAAUGUCCAGUAUCUGAAACUCUGGAGAGUUCCUGCCAGUCAGUGUAGGCAGUGCUGAACUAGAUAGACCAUUAGUCUGACUUGGUAUCCAGUGUUCCUAUGGCUCCCAGUCCAUUUCUAGUCUUGCACAACUAUGGACACCAACGAAGACGCAUCUAGGAUCUGGAUAGGCAUGUGGAUGCUCAACUAGACAUACAUCUGCAUCUGUAUCAGCUUGGCUUAGAGGCCUCCUCCUGCGUGCAGAUCUCCUUGGCUGGAUUUGGGAAACAUCCCUUUGGCCUGACUGUGUAUGCUCAAGCGGCUGAAUGAUCCUCCUGCCUGAUGACAUUUGAAAAAGCAGCCAAGCCCAGUCACUUCUCUUUUUUAUACGAUUGCAAGCUCAGUGCUUUCGUUAUUUUUCUCACAAGCUCAACAUUUUUAAAAGGAACAAUUGUGGCAUCUCUGUCUCUCUGUUUUACACAACCUGGACCUGUGUGGUCUCUGAAAGGACAAAUGUGUAUUUUAUUUUAUUUUUUUAAGCUGGCGCUCUGGAGCGAAGCAGAGGCCUUUCAGAUAAGUGUGAUGUAUGGCAAUCUUGUUUUCACAUCCCUUUCAAAUGUUACUGCUGCUGCGAUCAGCUUCUUCUUGAAGUUGACCACACUUCUUGUGCUGGCCACAUAGACUCCUCAUUCAAAUGCCAGCAUGUUGAUAAAAGUACUUUGACUAAAUUCCUGUAGAUGUGGAUUAAUCUCUGGUCCAGUAGCGACUUGACCGUUGGAAUGGGGGAACCAAAGGCUGUUAGAUGUGCUGGUUAUGCCACUCUGCCAUAUAACUGGGAAAAGGGUCUCCUAUUCUGGAGCCUGGGCCAGAGUAGAAUCUGCAUGGAGGCAACACCAAGAAGCUGAACAGCACUUACUGAUAGACCUGCUGCUGGCUAAAACUACAGAUGGACUCUUCUUUUUCUUUUACUGGGGCCAUGUCUUUACAUGCACAAACUUUAUCUAUGCAUCCAUACUCAUGAUAGAACACAUAUUUGACAAUAAGAAAAUCCAAGGUCCCAUAUGACAAGCUCUUAGGUUCCAGGGCUUGUGUUGGUGGUUGGGAGGCAUAUUGUUGAACUCUUGGAGAGAUGCUGAGCUAGAUUCUGUACUGAAAUCCCAACAACCCUUCUGCAAUGCAGUUAUGCAGCUUAUAUGCAACUCUCUCUGAAUGUAGAAACAGCUCUAAGGAUCUGCCAUGUGGGUCAUACCACUUUAUUCCACCAAUAUAUAUUAGUCUUUCUUCUCUCAAUAAUAAUCACAGAAGAAAGACAUUUUGUGAAAGGAAGCACUCCUGUUUGAUAAGGAUACAGGUUGCCGAAUCUUCAAAUCCUCUUGAUUCCUAGCCUUUUUGAGGGCAGGAUUAUGUGCUUUUACCAUGUAAGGGCUGUUACAGAUAAUGCAAUUUUGUUGGGGUGGCAACAUUUAGGUUGCACUCCUGUGCACUUAGUUUGGAGCAAGUCCCUUUGAACUCACUGGAUCUUACUUAACAAAUAGAUAUGCAUAGGAUUUCACUGUUAACUUGGUUAAUUAAUUGACUGAACCACAUAUGCUUAAUUAUUGUCUAGGAUUUCUUUAACCAGGUGACAUCCCUAUAUGUUACCAUGUGACUACUGAAAUAGAAGCUAGUAUCUUGGUUACUGUUUUGUGAACUGUCUCUGACUCAGAAUAGUUACCUUAAUUUACUCAAUAUGAACUCUGUAUGUUUUUUUAGUUUCCCACUUUCUGUAAGAUUGACGUUAAGCACUGAUAUUUUGUCCACAAUUGUAUAUUAUUUUGUUUGUUUGCAUUUAGGCAAAUCUACAUUUAGAUAAUAGUAAUGACUAUGUCAUUGUGAAUUUUUCUUUUUUGGAAAAAAAAAUCAAAAGUCACCUUUAAAAAGUGUAGCAAUAUUUUUUAAAAUUGAAAUUUCCAGAAUUCUCACAUUGAGGAGAACACUCUUGCCACAAGUAUGAGGAUGCUGUAUUUUGUUGUUGUUGUUUCUAAAUUAGUGCAGUCAGUAUUCAAAAAAAGAUGAUGAUGAACAAGCUUUUAUCCCCCGGAAUUUCCUCGCACUGUGAAAAGCCCCCCCCCUUGUGAAAAGAUUGCAAGGGUGGAGACAUGUUCGUAUGGACCCCCAAGCUCCAUGGGAUGCAGACCCUUCUCUGUUUUUAGUGGUGCUCCUAAAGCAGGUUGAUGAGUUAGUAUAGAAAAAGUUGGUACAAACAAAGGUUGUAAAAAAAGUAGGUGGGAUUCUCACUUAACUCAGGUGUGUGUACGAAAUACACACGUGCUCUUGAAUGGCAGUUAUGUGCAUUUUACAUCACAUUCCUCUUUAGGUGGUGAGUCGCUGGAGUACCUGCUCUUGUGCAUUAGAGCAGCCUUUCCCAACCAGUGUGCCUCCAAAUGUUGUUGGACCACAACUCCCAUCAGCCUCAGCCAGCAUUGCCAGUGGUCAGGAAGAUGGGAGUUGUAGUCCAACAACAUCUAGAGGCACACUGGUUGGGAAAGGCUGGAAUAGAGAGUACACCAAAUAUACAUUCAUGUGCUCUUUACACUCAAUGAGGCACGCAUGUAUCUUGUACAGAAGCUUAGGGGUGAGUUGCCAGUUAGCAGAAACCAAAGUAUUCGAGCUUUGAUGAAUUAUGGGCCAGGGUAACCCAGUCCUCUCACCUUCUGUGUAGCAGGUAGUAGCAGGGGACUGGAUGGGGCCCCUGGCGCUGGGAGCAGGCCUUGCCCUAUGACAGAAGCGUUUCUGGGGAUGAGGAAGCAGCAGACAAGGGGCUCUGCCCCGGUGAAAACAUGUAGCAAAACAAGGUUUACAGCAGUAGUUCCCAAAGUGUUUUUCCCCGUGGACCACUUGUAACUCAACAUUGGUCUCGGUGGACAGCAUAAAUGAUUUUUCCGCCUAGUAUAGUAACUGUGAUGUGCUGUGUUAGAUGAUGUAUAGCUUUUAAUUGUAUUUUUGUCGCUGCUUUUAUUUCUUACAUUGUAACUUGCUGUAUUACAAUUUGAAUUCCAUUGAAUAAAACACAAUAUAAGAAAUAAAAGCCGCAAUAAAAAUGCAGUUAACAAUUGAAACGACUCUCGAAUGCAGACAUGCUACAGGCCGCCUGGAUGAAGCUGGUGGACCACUGAUGGUCCACAGAACAGAGUUGGUGAACUGCUGGUUUAGAGGAUAAGCUUAGAACAGGAGUAGGGAACUCCUCCCAGCCAGUGGGCCAGAUCCAUGUUUCCCUCAAUCCCCAUGGGCCAAGUGUGACAGGUGGGUGGGGCUGCCCACCACCUGACAUCACAAUGGCGUCAGGUGACCCUCUCCCUCCUCCCCCUCCAGGCUGACUUUCAGGCUUGCGAAGCACCAUGAACUGAGCUAUGCAAGCCUCUGAUGAGCAUAGUGCCUCGCCAAAUCCUUCUGACCCAGCCAUGUCUUCCUCUGCCUCACACCUAAUGUCAUUUCUGUCAGGUAUAGAGCAGGUAGGCAUGGCUUGACCAAAUCUCCCCUUGCGGGUCAAAUGGGAAGGUUGGGUAGGCCUCAUAAGACUCAUGGGCUGGAGGUUCUAUAACCCCAUAGUUUAGCCGCAAGAUGGAUAGCAUGGAUAGCUGUUAGCAAUAAAAGAAACAAGAAUUCCUGGCAGCUCACUCAGAAAAUUACUUUUGUGCAGUUCAAAAUUUAAAGUUCUCAUGUUAUUGACUUACAGUUAUUGUUUAAGAGGUAUUACAUUUUUA